AUGCCCGUCGUCGUGGACGGGUCACAGAGGAACGGUCCCUCCAAGGGGGCUGCGGCUGCCACUGCCGCUGCCUUGCCGUCAAGCAAAAAAGCCUUCGCAGGCUCCCGGCCGCCCUCGAAGAUCCACGGCAACCCCGCGACCAGGUACUUUGUAAUCAAGAGCAGCAGCCACAAAAACCUCGUUCUGUCAAUUGAACACAAGGUUUGGGCUACCCCGUCGCGGCAGAACCAGGAGAAGCUGAACGAGGCGUUCCGCACUGCGCCGCACGUCAUACUCCUCUUCUCCGUCAACGGCUCCGGCUGCUUCCAGGGCUACGCCAAGAUGCUGGGCCCCGUAGGCCACGUGAGUACUGAUGUCUUCGAAGGUUUCGGGCGCAGCUUUGAGGUGCGAUGGCUACGCUUGGACGACCUGGAUUUCUCCGAGGUUUCGGACAUCGUCAACCCUUGGAACGAGAACCGCUCUGUCAAAGUCUCCAGAGAUGGCCAGGAGCUGCCGCAUGCUGUCGGCCGGCAGGUGUGCGAGCUUGUCGAUCACCGAGUCUUCACGGCGGAGCCAUCAGGUUAUAUAGAUGACAGCCAAGAGGUGGAGACAGCGACGGCACGCCUGGAAUCUGUACCGUUGCCAGCUCCAGCGCCUAUUUGUCCUAGCGCUUGCUCAAAUCAUGUCGGUGGCCAUAAUGGCCCCGCAGCCCAAAACCCCCACCCUGGGAGCCUGGCUCCUUAUCCAAUGCCGCACCCUGCAGUGCACCAGAUCACAGCGCCCCCUGUGCUGGCAGCUUCCCCACCGCACUGGGGCAUGGGGGGCAGGGCGUUUGCAACCCCUUUCUCGAGCCAUCCACACCAUGCAUGGUGGCCUCCCCCGGGGAGCUUCCAGGCGCCAGCAAAGGAGCCGUCCUUGUCAUCCUCGAGCGAGAGCGUCAGGCGGCAUAGGCGUUCCCGGAAGGAGAGAGACCCCAGCAGCCUCACAGGAGGGCACAAGAGACGGCGAAGGGAGGUAACUAGCAGCACGAUGGCGGGACCAGGAGAACCUGCAGGACAGAGAACUGAACAGGUUCGAUCCGCGACGGUGCCGCCUAGUGGCUGGGCCGGUGCCGCGCCCACAGCACCCACCACGAGUCGCUCGGUCAUGCCGCCCUCGGCUUGGUUGGGAGCCUCGCCGAACGAGGGCAGGAAGUGA